AUGAAGCAGGAGUUGCUUAAUCAUUCCUCGCUCGGUGUUUCUCUCUCUAAGGUGGUGGUUCCUCAGAAGAAAGUAGUUGUGAAAGCAGCAGGCACGCCUGGCAAAAAAGCAGCUGCAGCUGCCUCUCCUGGAAAAAAGCCUGCCCCUCCUGCUAAGAAGGUAGCGACUCCACCAGUGAAGAAGGCUGCUGCUCCGGCCAAAGGAGCGAAAAAUGGAAAAAAUGCCAAGAAAGAGGAGAGCGAGGAAGAAGAAGAUGAUGACAGCGAGGGGGAUGAAGAGGACUCUGAUGAGUCCGAGGAGGAGGAGGAGGAAGUCCCAGUGCCUGUGAAGCUUGCAGCCAAAAAACCUGUAGCUGUACCCGCCAAAAAACCAGUCGCUGUCCCAGCAAAGCAAGAGUCUGACGAGGAGGAAGAUGACGAGGAGGAUGAUGAUGAAGAGGAUGACUCUGACGAGGACGAGGCCAUGGACAUCACCCCAGUGCAAGUGAAAAAAGUAGCUCUAGUGAAGGCGGCUGCUGCUGCGAUAGCCAAGGCAGAUUCUGAAGAGGAGGAUGAUGAGGAGGACGAUGAGGACGAUGAUGAUGAUGAUGAAGAAGAUGACGAUGAGGAGGAUGACGAUGAAGAGGAUGAGGGGGGAAAGCCUGUGAAGGAGGCAUCUGGGAAACGAAAGAAAGAAAUGGCCAAUCAAAAGAGUGCCCCAGAAGUCAAGAAAAAGAAAACAACUGAAGAAAAUGCUGAAGCUUUCUCCCUCUUCAUUGGAAAUCUGGACCCCAACAAGGACCUGGAGGAACUGAAGACUGGCGUCAAGGAUUUCUUUGGCAAGAAGAACCUAACAGUCUUGCAAGUCAGAAUUGGCCCGUCCAAGCGGUUUGGCUACGUUGAUUUUGCAUCAGCUGAUGACCUGGAGAAAGCUCUCAAGUUCAAUGGGAAGAAGCUCAUGGGCUUGGAAAUAAAACUGGACAAAGCAAGGACUAAAGAAAACUAUAAAGAAAACAAGAAAGAGAGAGAUGCCAGAACAAUCUUUGUGAAGAACCUGCCUUACCAUGUAACCCAAGAUGAAAUUAAGGAAGUAUUUGAAAAUGCAUUGGAGGUCCGGCUAGUUUCUGGCAAGGGCGGGACCAGUAAAGGAAUUGCUUACAUAGAGUUUAAAACAGAAGCCGAAGCAGACAAAGCACUGGAGGAGAAACAGGGCACUGAAAUCGAUGGUCGUGCUAUAAUCCUAGACUACACAGGGGAGAAGAGCCAGCAAAAAACUCAGAAAGGUGGCGGGGGAGGAGGAGGAGGAGAGUCCAAGACCCUCAUUCUGAACAACCUUGCAUACAGUGCAACAGAAGAAACUCUUCAAGAACUGUUUGAAAAAGCUUCAUCUAUCAGGAUGCCGCAAAAUGAACAAGGCAGGCCUAGGGGUUUUGCAUUUAUAGAAUUUCCUACGGUUGAAGAUGCUAAAGAGGCUUUGACCUCCUGUAACAACACAGACAUUGAAGGCAGACAGAUCAGAUUAGAAUUUACCACGCCAGGAGGACAGAAAAGGGACUUUGGCGCCAGGGGAGGAUAUACUCAACAAAGCAAAACGCUGUUUGUCAAAGGCCUUUCUGAGGAUACAACAGAGGAGACAUUGAGAGAGUCGUUUGAGGGCUCCAUAAAAGCCAGAAUAGUCACGGACAGAGACACUGGAUCAUCCAAAGGGUUUGGCUUUGUGGACUUUGGUUCCCCAGAAGAGGCCAAAGCAGCUAAGGAAGCUAUGGAGGAUGGUGAGAUUGAUGGGAACAAAGUCACACUGGAUUUCGCUAAGCCCAAGGGUGACGGUCAGCGUGGUGGUGGAUUCGGCGGCGGAUUCGGGGGCCGUGGAGGCAGAGGUGGCCGGGGCGGCCGCGGUGGAUUUGGUGGCAGAGGUGGUGGCCGAGGAUUUGGAGGCAGAGGAGGAAGCUUCCGGGGAGGCAGAGGAGGAGGAGGAGAUCACAAGCCCCAGGGGAAGAAGAUCAAAUUUGACGACUAAACUUUCCCUUUCCCCCUCUCCUCUCUGAGACACUCUGAAAGGACUCCGGGGUUUUUAUUCUCCCCUUGUUAUUGACGGAGCCUCCCGAGGACAUUCCAAGACGCAAAGCAGUACCGAGAGCCACUUGGAAAGCAGCAAAUUUCAUUUCAAGGAAGAGCACCGUUUUGAAUGGUGACUUUCAAAGGAACAUUUUAAAGAAAUGAGCAGUAGAUGUGGGAGUUCCCCUUGUCUGUGAGUUGUCAUUGAAUUUAUAACCUUUUACCCAUGUACAAAAAUAUUUUUUUUUUCCUAUUAACUUCUGUAGCAUUUUUUUUGCUGUAAAAAUGCACAGCGUUUUAUCAUGAUUUGUGCCUCGGCGCGCUGCCUCAGGCAGAUUAAAGGGCCUCAACUGGU